AUGACAGCCAAGGUUUCUUCAUCAUUUCUUACAUUACCCGUCGAAAAUGUUUAUCGUAUACUGGAUCAUCUUGAUGAAUUAACAAUUUUUCUCUCAUUGAGAAAUGUUUGCAUGCGACUCAAUACAAUCGUGGAUACUUACAAUCGGUAUCAGACAUUGAUUACACUAAAUCUAUCAACUAAUGAUAUUGGCAAUAGAGGUGUACAAUAUAUAGCUAAUGCAUUACAAUAUAAUAGAACACUCACAACUCUUAUUCUUAUAUGUAAUGAUAUUGGUCCUACAGGAGCAAAACAUUUGAGUAUGGCAUUAACUAAAAACAAUACGCUUAGAACACUAAAUCUUCGAUGGAACAAUAUUGGUCCUAAUGGAGCAAAAUGGUUAGCUGAUGCAUUGGAAACUAAUCAAGCACUUACAACACUGAAUCUUUGUGAAAAUUUAAUCGAUGCAGAAGGAAUUAAACAUCUAGCUCAUGCAUUAUCAAAGAAUAAAACACUUACAUCAUUAAGUCUCGUAUCAAAUAAAAUUGACGUCGAUGGAGCCAAAUAUUUAGCUGAUGGAUUACAACAUAAUCAGACACUUUUAAUACUGAAUCUUGCAAAAACCGAAAUGGGUUUUGAAGAAACGCUUACAAGUUUGAACUUUGCAUGGAAUGAAAUGGGUAAUCAAGGAGCACAAUAUUUAGCUGAUGCAUUAAAAAAUAACAGAACACUCAGACAGCUGGAUCUAUGUGGAAGUCAAAUAUAUGACUUAGGAGCUGAAUAUUUAUUUGAUGCAUUAACGAUAAAUCGUGUAAGAUAA